AUGGCUUCCCCAUCCGCCUCUCUCCUCGACACACUCCACCCUUCGACCAAAGCACUCGUGAGCAAUACCCUUUGGGGACCUCCACCCACCUGGCCACUUCGUUCUCAUGAUGAAGAUGGCCCAUUCGAGGCCUAUUGGAAGUUUUAUCACCUAGAAUGCGAACGAGCGCUCCAUGAUGGCGGAAGACACGUCCUCGCACGCACACAUCAGGAUGUUCUCGACGUUGUCAUCGCGCUGGACAAAGGCCAAUCGCGUGAAGACAUACAACUGGACUUGCGAGCAAAGCUUACAAAAGCCCAUGACAACGAGGACGAGCUCGUCGAUCGCUCCAUAGACCUUGCUGCGAGCCUUUGGCUCAUGGUCGAUUUCGGGAAUACCCAAUAUGGCUUCUGUGGUAGGCGACAGCUACAAUGGACUAGGCAUUCAAUCAAGAAGUGUGUGGCUUCUGGCUUUGACGCGACUCCGUGGCUCGGCCACAAAGGCGUAAAGCUCCAGCGCGUGUUCAAUGCGUUGAAUCUCGAUCGCAUAGCGGGCGUGGACAUCUUGCCAACUAGCAAUCUUCUAGACCACCUACGACUGACAGACGACGACACGAAACUCUACGUCUUUCACCACGCAUCCGUUUUGAAAUGCCAACUGCACAACACAACCUUCCCCGACGGCCUCAUCGCAGAAACGAUUCGCACGCUUGCUCUCCUCUUCCCCCAAUCCGAUCCUGCCGUAAGCGACUGGUGUCGUCAGUUGCCCACAUUCGUCGAUCUCGAUCCCCACAUCACCCUGUGCGGUCAUCUCAAGACCGACGACAGGCAGAUAGAAAACUUUACAUACUGGCAUGACCGUCUGGUCGUACUGAAGCAAGUUUUUGAUGAGGCCACGCCGCGAACACUUUCGCAAUGGUUUCACGACCGUCGGAAUGGCGUGCAAUGGUAUACCUUCUGGGUGGCCAUCGUAGUCCUCAGUUUAACAGUGUUCUUUGGCCUCAUACAGAGCAUUGAAGGUGCUUUACAAGUCUAUGGCACGUUUCGCGACGGGAAGGGCAACUAG